CGCCGUAGGAAACAGUUCGGGCCACCAACCCAACUGGCGUGUGCCAGAGGCUGCGGGGGAACGGGGCGGGGCGGGACGGGGGCGGGGCUUGGUUUAGACCCCUAGUGGGGAGGGCGGGUCCCGGGGCGAGAAAACGGGAGUGGGGGGGCGAUCUAGAGGGCUAGCAGGUAGCUGUUUGGUUUUGCCAGGGCUCCUCCGUUUGCUCCCUACAAAGGACCCCAGCGUGACGGGCCCUUGAUUCACCAUGGAGUCCACGCUGACCGCGGGCAUCGCGAUGGCUGAAGCGCUGCAGAACCGGCUUCCCGGGCUAGAGAAUACGUGGCUCUGGGUCACCUUUCUGGGAGAUCCCAAGAACCUCUUUACAUUUUUCUUCCCCGCGGCCUACUACGCCUCUCGCCGACUGGGCAUCUCCGUGCUCUGGAUCACCUUCAUUACUGAGUGGCUCAACCUCGUCUUCAAGUGGUUUCUGUUUGGAGACAGGCCCUUUUGGUGGGUGCAUGAGUCUGGAUACUCCAGCCAGACUCCGAUCCAGGUUCACCAGUUCCCAUCUUCUUGUGAGACCGGUCCAGGCAGCCCUUCUGGCCAUUGCAUGAUCACGGGAGCAGCUCUCUGGCCCAUAAUGACAGCCAUUUCUUCUCAGGUGGCCUCUCGGUCCCGCAGCCCCUGGGUAAGGGUGAUUCCUGGCCUGGCUUACUGCACCUUCCUGUUGGCUGUCGGCCUCUCUCGGGUCUUCCUCUUAGCACAUUUCCCUCACCAGGUGUUGGGCGGCCUGAUAAGUGGUGCUGUCCUUGGCUGGCUGAUGACCCCCCGGGUGCCCAUGGAACGAGAACUUAGCUUCUAUGGGUUGACCGCUCUGGCCCUCAUGCUGGGGGCCAGCCUCAUGUACUGGACUCUCUUUACACUGGGCCUAGAUCUCUCCUGGUCCAUCAACCUGGCUUCCAAGUGGUGUGAGCGGCCCGAGUGGGUGCAUUUGGACAGCCGGCCCUUUGCCUCGCUGAGCCGUGACUCGGGAGCUGCCCUGGGUAUGGGUAUCGCUCUACACUCUCCCUGUUAUGCCCAGAUACGGCGGGCACGCCUAGGAAAUGGCCAGAAGAUAGCCUGCUUUCUGCUGGCCACUGGGCUGCUGGUCAUCCUGGAAUGGCUGGGCCACCCACCUCAGAUCAGCCUCUUCUACAUCUUCAACUUCCUCAAAUAUACCCUCUGGCCCUGCCUGGUCUUGGCCCUUGUGCCCUGGCUAGUGCACACAUUCAGUGCCCAGGGAUCACCACCCAUUCACUCCUCUUGAUCUCAUUUGCCUCCCUUGCCAUUCUCUUGCCCCAAAGACAACACUCCUCGACCACCACACUCUAAGAGGCAGUUUCCCUGGGCUCCAAAGCAGGCCAGCUCACACUGAACUGCAUUUCUGUCUCAUGUUCUGCAGUUUUAGCCCCCUUUUAAAGAAGGACCUCUGUUUCCCAAUGAGGCUGUCUCCUGCCUUCCCCCAGGGUUCCCACGAAAGAAAGAAAGAAAGAAAGAAAGAAAGAAAGAAAGAAAGAAAGAA